UUGCAGGCUCUCUCCAUGCUUCGGCCUUGAGCUUUUGGAUUCUUUUUAUAACCAAAAAAGCUAAAAGAGGGAUGAACUUGGGAUUUUUCUUUUAGUUCUGAAAGUUUACUUUUUUACGAGAAGAUUCACCAUUGCUUCCAGCGUUUCUUGUUUUAAUCUCUCUCUCUUUAGCGCCUCUGAUCUUCUUUUGUUUCGCCAGUUUUCUUUGUAGUUCUCACUGUCCAAUGCGCCGCCGACACGACGUUCUUAUUCUUCUUCUUCAUCAAGGUGUUCACGUUUUCCGUUACUGACCGCCAUUUCGUUCUGCAUUUCCUGUACUCAGACUGUGGCCUGCUUCAAUUUGAACAGAGUCGAAAGUGUGCAGCUAAAAGGAUCUGAAGUGAUUAAAGACCUCUCCAGUCUAUGGAAGUUAUUUAGAGCUUAGGAAGAAUUCAAGAGAGAUUAAUCCUUUGGAAUUUAUGUAAAGACCAUGUUACCCCAAUCAAGCCAUAGGGAAAAUAUUCAAGGCAGGUUGUCAUAUGCUGAUCUCCAUAAUGAGAUUCUGAAAGGUGGAAAAGAGGUGUCAGUUGAUUGUUCGUUGAAGCACAAAAAGCAACAUGCUGAUAUCAUGGCAAAUGAAGAAGAUAAGCUUGUGAAGUUUAUGCCAAAUCUACCAAGUUACCAGCAGAGUGCAGCAAACCUCCAAGAAAAAGUUUUAAAUGUUGGUGUCCUUCAGUGGGGGCGCCUGGAAAAAUGGCAGUGUAGCCAUAAGCAGAUCUUAUAUAGAAGUAGUAUCUCUUCAUCCUGCAGCAACACAUCUUCCUCGUUUUCAACAGAUGAAUCACCGGCCCAUUCAAGCAGAGGUCAUAGUUGGUCUCCUGCCCGUCAAAGGUUACAACAUCCUUCCCUGCAAUCUCAUCUGAUGUUAGUCCCUGUAGAAGGCCAUUUUCCAUUUGUCAAAACUUCUAGGGAAAUUGUUGGAAAGUUUCAAGAACUCAAGGCUUCUGAGAGCAUCAGCUUUGCGGCUCAAGGAAAAUUCAUGAGAGAAGAUAAAUCAUUUUGCAAAAGUAAUCCACGAAUGAAGCUUGAAAAAUACAAGAAAAGAGAAAUACUCCCAAAGGUUAGUUCAGCAAGUUUAAUGGUGUCAAAUGGGGCAAAAGAUAAUGCGGCAUCAUAUAAUAAGGUGAAAAUGAAGAACCAAGUUGGUGAACUUAUGAAGAAAGCUGAGGAGUUUCAAGAAGUUAUUCCAAACGGGGAUAAGCUAAAUGUCACUGAAAAAAGAAACACAGUUGUCCUCCUUUUGCCCAUAGAUUUUCCCGAAAUGGAUCAUUCAGGAGCAGGUGACCUUUCUAAUUUGACAACAAAGUCAGGUAAAAAAGAAUCAGAACCUAGUCAGAGGACCUUCCUGGAAACAUCUAAAGAGGUUCAGCAUGCAGCAGUCAGCUCCGAUUUGCAUCAUUCGGGCCCAUUGCCUCGUGAGCUUGAUGGCAGUAGACAUUUACAGAUUAAAGUGAUGGGUUUCGAUGCAAGUGGUAGCAACAUUUUCAUCAGAAAGAUCUUGUUCUGUACCUUGUGCUACUAGGAUUGAAAGUAAUUCUUCCAGAAGCAUAAAUCUUGAGGAGAGAAAGUCAAAUGUAACACCCGUAAAGCCUUCUUCAAAUGAGGCUUGCAAAGGACCAGACCCAAAAGGAAGCAAGGUUGCAUAUGAAAAAGUUCGAAGCACUUCACCUUUCCGUCGUUUUAGCUUCAGAAGGGGUAAGGCAGACAAAGUUUCUGGGCCCAAAGAGGGUUCUUGUAUACCUCAGGCAGGCUUAACAUGUAGUUCUGGCAAAACUGGUUUACAAAAUCCUCAGAAUUCCGUUACUUCUGGUGUUGAUACUUAUUGUGGUGAGAAUCUCGAUGCUAAAAGCAGAGGCAGGUCCAGCCCUUUGAGAAGAUUAUUAGACCCGCUUCUGAAACCCAAGGCAGUUAAUUGUCGCAAUUUCACCUACCAAUUACAAGAUUCAAUAUUACCAGAUGGUUCCUUUAAGUCAUCUGAACAGCUUAGACAUUCAGCUUUGCCUGUGCAGUCAGCCAAGGUGAAAUCAGAUACAACAAGCCAUUGCACAAGCAAUGUAAAUGAUUUAGCACAGAACAAAAAGUGUGGAGCUUCAGCAGUUCAGGCACUUCUCAGAGUUCAAGUUAAGAAUGGGUUGCCUCUGUUCACAUUCGCUGUUGAUAACGAGAGUAAUAUUAUCGCAGCUACAGUGAAGAUGUUAAGUGCCUCAGGGAAGGGUGAUUAUGGAUGCAUUUACACGUUCUUUGCUAUUAAAGAAGUCAGAAAAAAGAACGUAAGGUGGAUAAAUCAGGGAAAAGGUCAGGAUUAUGUCCCUAAUGUUGUUGCCCAGAUGAAGGUCUCUGGUUCUCAGUUUUCUCAUUUGUCCAGGCCAAAAUAUGUGGAUCAAUUUAGCAUCAGAGAAUUUGUUCUUCUUACCUUACAGGCAAAUCCACAAGUAUCUGAUUUCCAGUCAAGUAAUGAGCAGGCAGCUAUCGUUGUCAAGAUCCCAAAGAGGAACAGAAAAAUUUCAAUCAGAGAUGGGUAUCUGAUCGAUAAGCGUAACAACUUGGCCGAGGCUACAUCGAAAGAGCUUCAACCAGGGAUGAAACUUGAAUUUGAUUCUGGGAAAAUCGGUCCUUCUGUAGGCAGUCAAGACAUUAGUGCUACAGUCAUACUUCCAAGUGGUGUACAUAGUUUGCCAAAUAAAGGUGAACCUUCAUCGCUGAUCCAACGAUGGAAAUCAGGAGGAGGAUGUGAUUGUGGUGGUUGGGAUUUAGGUUGCAAACUCGGGGUUCUUUCUAAUAAGAGCCAAUUCAGUCAGCAGUCUAGUUUUGAACUUUUCUUUCAGGGAGGAGCUCAAGACAAGAAGCCUUUUUUCAGCAUGGCCCCUUACAAGGAUGGGAUCUAUUCAGUUGAGUUCGAUUAUUCACUUUCACUUAUGCAAGCAUUUUCCAUUUGUAUAGCAGUUUGGGAUAGUAGGAAACACAAUGAGCUUUCAGAAUCAGAACCAGUUGCCGCCACCCCUGAAGAAAGAAUUUUGGGGACAACCAUACUGCAUGAAAGAAGAACCACUCCUAAUCCUAUGGAAAUUGAGACUGCUGCUAGAUACAUCCAAUAUCCACCCGUUUCCCCAGUUGGAAGGGUCUAGUUCGACACUACGAAUAAUAUGAUGUAGUUAAGUGAGAGAAUUCUAUAUAUUCCUGGUUUUUUGGUUGGCUGUGCUCGGUUAGAUGUCCAUCACCGGUAAGGGUCGCCCGGUAGAAAUAUGAAGUGAUGAACAAGGCUUGUUUGUAGUAGUCGGCCGGGACAGAGCUUUGGACCAUCAGGUGUAGUAUAGUAUGAGCAAAACAUUUUGAUUAAUGUAAGCGUGCAUAUAAAAUCCAGCGUCCCCCAUCCCUUGAACUUCAACAUGCUUGUUGCUUGAACGCAUGUUGCAUUAAUAGAUG